GCCUCCCCCGGCCCGAUGGUGGGAAGGAGGGCGGGGGGCUCGGAGGGGUUACAGGCCACCGACCGGGGAUCCCUCAGCACGGAGCAAAGCGGCACCCGCGCGGCUGCAGACAGAGGGGCGGCCGGUGCGCGCCACGUGGCCAGGCCUGUGGGCCGGCUGAUGGGCCGCUCCUCCACCGGCGAGCCCUGUCUCGUCCCCUGCCGCAUGCACGGACACGGAGCCCCGCCAAGACCGGAGAGCGCAGCUCCCCUGCUCGGCCCUGCGGAGCGCGGAAGCAGAAGCCAGCCACGGGGCCACCACCACCGCCCGCGCCUCUCUCCUCUGCGUGGCUCUUCCGGCCCGGCGGCUGCUGCGGGACCUCGCGGCGUCUCGUCCCGUCCAGGUCUCGCGAGAGUUCCGGCGCGCAGGAGGGAGGAGACGGCGAAGAUGGCGGCCGCAGCGACGACGGCGACCGCCGCGCUCUCUCUGGUGAUUAUCCCUCGGAAGUGUGUGAGAGAGGACACAGAUGUUUUGUCAAGUAUUCCAGGCCCAGAGACCCCCACCGUCAAGGUCGAAAAUGGACAGAGCACCGCAGCCAAGCUGGGCCUGCCACCUCUCACUCCCGAGCAGCAGGAGGCCCUUCAGAAGGCCAAGAAGUACGCCAUGGAGCAGAGCAUCAAGAGCGUCUUGGUGAAGCAGACCAUUGCCCACCAGCAGCAGCAGCUCACCAACCUGCAGAUGGCAGCAGUGACAAUGGGCUUUGGAGAUCCUCUCUCACCUUUACAAUCGAUGGCCGCCCAGAGGCAGCGGGCCCUGGCCAUCAUGUGCCGGGUCUACGUGGGCUCCAUUUAUUAUGAGCUGGGAGAGGACACGAUCCGGCAGGCCUUUGCCCCCUUCGGCCCCAUCAAGAGCAUUGAUAUGUCCUGGGAUUCUGUGACCAUGAAGCACAAGGGCUUUGCUUUUGUGGAAUACGAAGUGCCCGAAGCAGCUCAGCUGGCCUUGGAGCAGAUGAACUCCGUCAUGCUGGGAGGGCGGAACAUCAAGGUGGGGAGGCCCAGCAACAUUGGGCAGGCGCAGCCCAUCAUCGACCAGCUGGCGGAGGAGGCCCGGGCCUUCAACCGCAUCUACGUGGCGUCCGUCCACCAGGACCUCUCCGACGACGACAUCAAGAGUGUCUUUGAGGCGUUUGGGAAGAUCAAGUCCUGCACGCUGGCCCGGGACCCCACCACGGGGAAGCACAAGGGCUACGGCUUCAUCGAGUACGAGAAGGCGCAGUCCUCGCAAGACGCCGUCUCCUCCAUGAACCUCUUUGACCUGGGCGGCCAGUACCUGCGCGUGGGCAAAGCCGUCACUCCGCCCAUGCCGCUCCUGACGCCAGCCACCCCGGGCGGCCUCCCUCCCGCAGCAGCGGUAGCGGCAGCCGCCGCCACGGCCAAGAUCACGGCUCAGGAAGCGGUGGCCGGCGUGGCAGGUGCAGCAGUCCUCAGCACCUUAGCAACUCCAGGGCUGGUGACUCCGGCCCUGACCUUGGCGCAGCCUCUGGGGGCCUUGCCACAAGCUGUGAUGGCAGCGCAAGCGCCAGGUGUCAUCACAGGUGUGACUCCUGCUCGCCCCGCCAUUCCUGUCACCAUCCCCCAGGUGGGUGUGGUGAACCCCAUCUUGGCAAGCCCCCCGACCCUGGGCCUGUUGGAGGUGAAGAAGGAGAAGGAAGAGGAAGAGGUCUUCCAGGAGUCGGAAAGGCCAGAGAUGCUCAGUGAACAGGAGCACAUGAGUAUCUCUGGCAGCAGUGCCCGCCACAUGGUGAUGCAGAAACUCCUCCGGAAGCAGGAGUCAACGGUGAUGGUUUUGCGCAACAUGGUAGACCCCAAGGAUAUCGAUGACGACCUGGAAGGGGAAGUGACAGAAGAGUGUGGCAAGUUUGGGGCUGUCAACAGAGUCAUCAUCUACCAGGAGAAGCAAGGCGAAGAGGAAGAUGCCGAAAUCAUUGUCAAGAUCUUUGUUGAGUUCUCCAUGGCCUCAGAGACACACAAAGCCAUCCAGGCACUAAACGGGCGCUGGUUUGCAGGCAGGAAGGUGGUGGCUGAGGUCUAUGACCAGGAGAGGUUUGACAACAGUGACCUCUCGGCAUGAACUCUGCUCCAGAGAGACUCUCGGCUCUUUCCCUGGCCCCAGGUGUUCAGGGGCGCCCCUUGGCCCAGCAUUGCCCGUUCCUCUGAUGUAUGUGUAGUUUUGGAUAAAAGUGAAAGGGAAA